CACCUUUGGGUCCUCCCUACCCAUUUAUCAGCUGACGUGUGCAUCUCCCCUCACCAGCAUCUUCAACAGGCGGUAGCCAUUAGUGUUGCCCUGCAGUUGCCUGAACUGGAGACUGGGUGCCUACCUCGAGCACCUCCACACUGGCGGCUGCCCAUUGGAGCUGCUUUGUGGUUGAGCAGCGACCCUGUGAAAGCGUCCCAACCUUUAUAUAUGAGGCCACCAUUACUCUUGCACUGGUGUCAAAACAUAUUAACCUCCGCUUUUUGCAGCAUCUUUCCAUCGUCGUUACAACACUCGAUACUUACAACACAGAUUCACUAUGGAUGUUCAACUACGCCCGUCUACUGAUACGCUCGUGGGCUCUCCUACUAUUGAUAAGCCUGAAGAUGCACCGCAGCCUCAAGCACCACAGCCUCAAGCACUGCAGCCUCCCACAAGGAGGAAUGCCACUCGCUUUUCUCUCGAAACGCUCGUGAAUUCGCUCCCCGUCGAUCCAGGCAGAGCGAUACCCAGGAGCCCAAAGGCUUUGUCUGAGAGUGACCUGAGUGAGGCAAUCCGGGACUCCUCGCCUCUAUCAACAUGGCUACCAUUCGACACCGCUGUCCGGGACUUUGCUCCCAAGCCGGCUGCUUCAUCUUCGAAGCCGCCGGUCGUUCUACCUCGAAACAGCCAACUGACUCUCCACGUGCGUAUGGCAUCGACUCCCAAUGCAGCUUCACGCACACAGAAAUCUGGCAGCCAGUCACCCAAGCUCGAGGACCUGCCCGAUCUCACAGCACUCCUUAGCCCCACAGACUCACCACUGGAUCUCUCGCCCGCGCACUGUGGCAGACACCCAGUGCCGUGGACUAUGCCGGACAGCAGCACGCUCCUCAAGAUCCUGCAUCCGUUUCUAGUGCGCAAGAUCCAAGAGUCGAGCUACCACCAGGACUUCCCCGAGCGCUGCUUCUGCUCGCUGGUGCUGCACGAGCUGCAAAAGCUGUCGGCGAGUACGCCUCUAGACGUGACGGGGCCAAAGCACCACCGCCACUUGCAGAUGCAGCUACGCAGCAUCCUGACGGAGAACGACGUGGCGGCCAAAAAGGUACUGAGUCUAUACGGCGACGCGCUCAAACUGCGGCGUCACGCGCGGCUGAAUGCGCGGCCCCUGCGAAUGGACAGCUGGGCCGAAAUCAUAGGCUUGCUGUGCGAAGACCUAUUUACAAAUGGGCCUCACCCCAUCUUCGACGAUAUCGACGCCGCGCCGCAGACCACGCCCAACGCUGAACCGCGUGCGGAGCAUCCGGCAGACGGGGACGAAGAGGGCGACGACGACGAUGACGAUGAUAGUAUCGUCCGUGAAGCUGGAGGCCGGCCUGUAUCGCGGCGGAUGCGCCGACUCCAAAAGCUAAAGUACAAGGGGUCGAAGCGCGUGUUUCGGUCGCGUAGAACGAGAUGGGACUUUACGUCUUGA